AUGCGGACGAACCCUGCGUACUAUGUUCAGAACCCUGUGUACUAUGUUCAGAACCCUGUGUACUAUGUUCAGAACCCUGCGCACUAUGUUCAGAACCCUGCGUACUAUGUUCAGAACCCUGUGUACUAUGUUCAGAACCCUGUGUACUAUGUUCAGAACCCUGUGUACUAUGUUCAGAACCCUGUGUAUUAUGUUCAGAACCCUGUGUACUAUGUUCAGAACCCUGUGUAUUAUGUUCAGAACCCUGUGUACUAUGUUCAGAACCCUGUGUACUAUGUUCAGAAACCUGCGCACUAUGUUCAGAAACCUGCGUACUAUGUUCAGAACCCUGCGUACUAUGUUCAGAAACCUAGAUACUAUGUUCAGAACCCUGCGUACUAUGUUCAGAAACCUGCGUACUAUGUUCAGAACCCUGCGUACUAUGUUCAGAAACCUAGAUACUAUGUUCAGAACCCUGUGUACUAUGUUCAGAACCCUGUGUAUUAUGUUCAGAACCCUGUGUACUAUGUUCAGAACCCUGUGUACUAUGUUCAGAACCCUGUGUACUAUGUUCAGAACCCUGCGUACUAUGUUCAGAACCCUGUGUACUAUGUUCAGAACCCUGUGUACUAUGUUCAGAACCCUGCGUACUAUGUUCAGAAACCUAGAUACUAUGUUCAGAAAUAG